AUGGCGAAGAAACAAGCUCGUAAACGUACCGCGGCGCCGAAAAAACCACGUGUUGUCGACAUUUCGGCGCCUCCUAAGGCUAUACCUGCUCCUCCAUCUGUCUCCUCGUCCCCAUCCCCUCCUCCUCCUCCUCCUCCUCCUCCUCCUCCUCCUCCUCCUCCUAUGGAUCCUGUAGAUAGCGAAUAGGAUGAGGUUAUAGAGGAUGAAGAGGAGACGUACAAGAUCCACGUGUCCUAGAGAUUACGUGUUAAUAGAAAGAACGAGGCGGCAGAUGAACUUACUACUGUUCCGCGAUGUGCGUUUGAACGUGAGGUGUACGAGAGUACAAUCAACGACUUGAUUAGUACGAGACUCAGUACUAACGACUGGGCCUUUAAUACUCGCCAGGUAGUAUAUAGCCUUGGUAUAAGGAAGAAACAGCGGAGG